CAUUCGUACGCACUCCCUCUCUUUCUCUCGCAAAAACGCUUGCACACGCUCCAGCCGCCGUAAAUUUGAAACUCACUAAACCUUGUAUCACUCCCUCGCGUCCGCCGUGGUCUACUUCGCCGGCGUGAUUCUUCAAAAGAAAUCCUUCACGGCGAGACGGUAACUCUGAAACGCGAAAACCCACAUUCUACUACGGCCGCCGCCGCCAUAGCAUCCGCAAACGGGGUACGGUUCGGUCGUGAGUUAUUGGUCAGUCGUUUGCCUUCGAAAAAACCUUCCAGCCGCCGUCAUUUCCGUGCUUCAUCGGGUGAAUCGAGCAGUGAUUUAGAGGAAGUUGUUAUUGGUUGAGGUAGAGUCUAAAGAGAAGAAUUCAAAAAUGAAGAGUAAAAAGAGGACGCUAAAGAGUCCUAAAGAAACCGUGAGGCCUUCCAAGUCUGCUCGAGUUUUUAUCCCAAUGGAAGUGGAAGUUGUUGAUGAAAUAGAACCGGAGCAAAGAGAAGUGCCUCAAGAGUCUGAAGAAGGUUGUCCAUGGAGGAACUUGGAAUUGAUUUUGCUUCUUCAGAAUAAAGAGAUUGACGAACAAAAGAAGGUCAAAGCAGUGUUCAGCUUUCUAAACUCAAAGUUGAAAGAGAUUGAUAAAUAUUAUGAUACGGUAAAAGUAUCACGCUUGAUAAUUUUUCUCAGUGAUUGGGUUCAGUCAUUGUUGAUUUCUUCUGAAAAGAAAGUAAAGAAUGGUGGUGAGCCAUGCUUAGAUUAUAGAUGCUGGGAGGUUUUUAAAUUUUGUUUGAAAGAAUCAGUGAAAACACACACCACUUUGAACCUCUCAAAAAAUCUUUUGCAUGCCUUUUGUUUUGUUACAAGGCAUGCAAUAUCCUUAUUAGUUGCUUCGUUGAGUUCAAAAGAAGAGUUAUUUGGUGGGGAUUGUUUCAAGUUGUACAAUAUUGUGCUUGACUGUGUUUCUUUAGUCUUUUCAACCCACUUGGGUCUAUCCAAUGAGAGUUUAGAUGCUUGGACUUCUACAAUUGAUGCAGCGCUUGAGUUUCUUCACAUAAUUUAUGUAAAUAGCUUGGAAGGUGGAGAUGUAGGAAUUUUUGCUAUUAAAUUUUCUUGCAUGAUGCUUGAGCCUUUUGGUAAGUUUUUGUGGAUUCACCCUACCAAGAAAACUGGAUUUCACAAUUUUGUCAACAAGCUUUUGGAACCAUUAUUGCAAUUAUUGCGUGACAUAAGCCUUAAACCUGAUAGAUGCAAUCAUUGUUGGACAAGAACAUUGAUGAAGUUGCUUGAAGACGUUUUAUCUCAUGCUUUGUUUCAUACUGUGCACAUCGAUGGAUUUUUGUGCCUACAUGGUUCAGAGAAAGUUAUGAAAUCCCAUGAUGAGAAAUUAGAAGAGUCUAAAGCACAUAUUAGGAGCUACCAUAGACAUUUGUUUGAUAAAUUGCAAAAACUAGUUGCAGGAAAGAAGUUUUUGGCAUUGGGUGCAAUAGGAGAAUUGUUUCAUGUGCUUGUUGUAAGAGUUAAAAAGGUGAGAGGGGCUUCGAUGUUAUUUGAGGACGCCAAACUGAUUAACAAAGUGGGUUGUUUGGGACCUUUGAGGGAUGGUAUAUCAAGUCAUGCAUCUUCUACUCUUCAAGGAAGUGUUGAUGGACUAUCAGAAAAAAGCAAUAUUGAGAGUAAUUUGAGUACAGAAAUAAGGAGGUCUCUUUUUGAGUUUUUUGUACAGAUUUUGGAUCCUUUACUUCAGACCAUAGAACUCAUUAGCUCCGAGAUUCAAGUGGGAUCGACCUUGUCAGAUGUUCAUUGCUUACUCAAAUCAAUAAAUAAUAUACUUGCAAGUUUUAUGAAGGAAAAGGUGUACUUGAGAACUGAGGAUAAUUCUGAAGGAACUUGCCAUAAUUUCUUAAAAAAGGUGUAUGAUACAAUAAUGUUGAUUUCCUCUCAUUUAUUAUUAUUAUCAAGAGAUGAGAUAGAAAACAGUAUAGACCUAGAAGUCUUUGUUUUAGCAGCAAAUGAGAUACUGGUGACUCUUGGUUAUCUUCUGGAAAUUGAAUAUGAUGUGAUUGGGACUGAUUUGGUGAGCUUAUGGACGCUGAUCCUUUCUUACUCUGCUUUUAAUGUUUCUUUUACAAGCACAUCUAAACAACACUUGUUAACAUCCAAGAUUCAAGAGCUUGGAUGUCAACUGGUCGUGUUAUAUGGUCAGCUACGGCAGGUCAACAUCAGUAUUUUUGCUCUAUGUGAAGCUAUGAGGGCAGUGAUAUCAAAUGAAGGUGAAGCUGAAAAAGGAUAUGCUAGCUUUAUGACUUCUUUAGGCCAAGAAGCUUAUGGGAAAUCAGUUGGGAUGUUACUUUCUUCCCAAGAAAUAAAAUUUGCAAUUCAUAAAGCGAUUAAAUAUAUACCUGAAGGGCAAGCUAGCGGAAUUGUUCAGCAGUUAACCGAGGAUGUGGCAAAAACUUUAGGAUGGUUGAAACGGUGUAAUAUGAACUUGAUUAUAAGAAACAAGACAGGGGGAUCCGAAAUGCAAUCUGUGCUUCUUGGGAGAGGGUUAUCUGAAAUAUAUUCUCUGAUGUUGGAUUCACUAAUGAUCACAUCAGGGAAUGCUUCCCAAGUUGGAACUUCGAUUGUGAACUUGGUUUCAGUCAUACGUCCUUGCAUGAGUACAUUAGUUGGACUAGAGUCAGAUGGUGCCAAAGCAUUCUUCGUUGCUGUCAUGGGAAAAACAUGGGAUGAUUUGGUUGCAAAUGAAGAAAAUUGUCUCGGAUUUGGAAUGACUAGUCAUUGGGUCUUUGUUUUCUUCUUUCGCUUGUACAUGUCCUGUCGGAGCCUGUACAGGCAAGUAAUUAGUCUGAUGCCCCCAAGUUUGUCUAGAAAGAUGUCCGCAGCAACUGGAGACUCAUUCAUGGCCUAUUCUGCUUGUGAUUGGAUGCAGAAGACUGAUUGGAGUGAUGAAGGAUAUUUUUCAUGGAUAACUCAAUCUUCAGCUUCUGUUCUUGUUAUUGUUGAAUCAGUUUGUAGUCUUUAUCAUCAAAGCACCAACGUUGGUUGGUACCCUUUAAUUUAUGUCUUGCUUAUCAUGGUUCUUCAGAGGUUAGUGGAUUUGAAUAAGCAAAUAGGUUCUCUGGAGUAUUUGCACCAGAGAAGUGAAAAUUUGAUGCAGGUUGAGGUCCUUAGUGAUGAUGACUUGUCAGUGUUACAGAAAAAGAUAAAAAAGUUUGGAAGGCUUGUCUCUGUUCUGCGAAAAGAAGCAGAAGAUCUUACUGAUUUCAUGAUGGGGCAUUUAUCUUUAGUAGCUAAAGGUCGAGUUUUGAAUUCAACCAAAAGAAAUGCAACUUCAAAUGAUAAAUCUACUGAAAUGCUUAGCGAUAUUGAUGAAUGGGACUUCAGUAUUUAUAAUGUGAAUAAAAGGUCAUUUCCCACAGCUGUUUGGUGGAUUAUUUGCCAGAAUAUUGAUAUUUGGGUGAGUCAUGCUGCUAAAAAGAAGUUAAAAAUGUUUCUUUCUUUCUUACUUCCUACGGCUCUCCACUUCUUAGCAAGCAAUCAUACUAAGAUUGAAACACAACAAACCUACGGAUAUCGGCAGCCAAAGAAAGUGUCUCUGCAACAGAUUUCAUCUGCUGUUCUAAGUGAUCCCAUCUUUUAUGAACGCAGUUUUGUACGCAGGUUUAUGGCAUCAAGGUUUUGUCGUGAGUUGAAGUCUUCAUUAUUAUCGUCGUUUCAUGAUUUGAAUAGAAGUUUGGCUGAUUGGAUGGAGGUGAUAGCCACACUUGAGCAUUUAGCUAUAGGUGUUUGCAGUGGCAAACACACUCCUGAUGAUAGUGCUCUCCUUGCAAACACAGUUAAUCUUUCUUCUGAUAUGUUGCACGCAGAAGAUUGCAAGUUGAAGGGUGAUUCAUCUGAAAGCAAUGUGAGAAUUAGAGAUUGUCAGCAUCUGAUUAAGCUUUUAUGUCUGAUGCCAAUGGGGAAUAUGAGUUCAAAGUCCUUUUCCCUUUAUACUACUCAUGUUCUUGAACUUGAAAGGAUACUGGUGAAUGCUUUAUUAGAUAAUCAGACUGCUCUAUGUUCAAAUAAAUUUGAACUCCUCAAAUUGUUUGCAUCUUGUCGGAAGGCCUUGAAAUAUAUAUUUAGGGCUUACUGUGAGGCUGCUAAUGGACAGAGCUCAUCUGUUCCAAUUCUAUCUGAAAAUCAAUUUCCCUUUUUAUGGCUUUUCAAGUCUUUGUCACUUGUUAAUCAAAUUCAAGAAGUUUCUCCAGAAGGUACUGACAGACAAAUUAAGGACAUCAUCUUUUCAUUGAUGGAUCAUACAUUAUACUUGUUUUUAACAACUAGCAAAUAUCAAUUUAAGGAGGCUCUCUGCACAAGUGUAAAAGUCAACAAACCCUGCAAGGAGCAACCCCAGGACGUGUGCCAAGAUCUAAAUGAUGGGGAUGAUUUAUGUUUAGAUUCCAUUCACAGUGUAGAAGUAUGCAGUAGUGCCAUUCAAAUGAGCAACAGUCUGAAGGAACAGGUGGAGAGUGAACUUAUCUCUCUGAAGAAGUCUAAUUUUGCAGUUGGAGAUGCUAAAAAUAGAGCCGAUAUUUGUAAAUUUAAUUCUCUAGCUUCUUGCCUUAAUGGAUUUUUAUGGGGCCUAGCAUCUGUUGAUGACCAUACUGAUUUGAGGAAAGGUAACCAUCACAUGAGAUCAAUGAAGUUGAAACGUGAGUAUAGUUCUGAACUGAACAAUUGCAUGAAUGCAAUUUCAGAAUUAUUAGGCCUCAUCUUGGAAAUGUUUCUUGAUAGAGAUAGUCAAUUGCCGAAAAACUUGUGUGAUUAUCAAGCAUUUCAAGACCUAGAAUCUUCUUAUUGUGAUGAUGACAGUGAAAAUGUUAGCAAAAAAAGGAAAAGGUUGAAAUUGGAAAAUAAAAGCAGUUUUGCUUCUAUUCUCAACGAUGCUAAGUCAAUUGAGAUGCAACUCUUGAACCAACCCUUUUUGCGAGGUCUGCUGCAAGGUUCCUACCCUGAAGUUAAUUUUGCUCUUAAGCAGCUAUUUCUUGCUGCUUCAAGAAUUCUGAGAUUGCAUAAGCAAUAUGAUACAACUCCUUUGUCGUCGAGUUCUAUGACCAUCCUAAUUGGCAUUUCCAGAUUCUUGUUGCUUGAAUUUGUGGAUAUGGUUGAUGUGCCACAACCAUUUUUGCUUGCAUGCUUCGAUGGUGUUCUAAAGUAUUUGGAGGAAUUAGGCCAUCUGUUUCGUUUUGCUGAUCCUGUGCAGUCCCGGAAUCUAUAUUCUGAACUUAUAAAUCUACAUUUGCAAGCUGUAGGAAAGUGCAUUUGUCUACAGGGAAAAAGAGCUACAUUAGCAUCCCAUGAGACGGAGUCCACUACAAAGACUCUUGAUGGAGGAUUUUUUAAAGAAUCAUCUUUUCCUGGAGUCUACUGCAUGGAUGAAUUUAAAGCUUCAUUGAGAAUGUCAUUCAAAGUGUUCAUAAGGGAAGCCACGGAGUUGCAUCUCUUAUCUGCAGUUCAGGCUAUAGAGAGAGCUCUAGUUGGAGUGCAGGAAGGUUGUACAACGAUAUAUGGAUUAUAUUCCGGAAGUGAAGAUGGGGGAAAGUGUUCCUCUAUUGUUGCAGCUGGUGUUGAAUGCUUGGAUUUGGUACUUGAAAUUUUUUCAGGACGUAAAUGCAUGGGUGUGAUUAAAAGACACAUUGAGAGUUUAACUGCUGGUCUGUUGAGCAUAGUUCUACACUUGCAAAGUCCCCAAAUUUUCUAUAGAAUGAUUGCCAUGAAAGAUAGAAGUGAUCCAGAUCCGGGAUCAGUCAUUCUUAUGUCUAUUGAAGUUCUUACAAGAGUUUCAGGGAAGCACGCUCUUUUCCAAAUGAACGUUUGGCAAGUUUCGCAGUGUUUACGAAUUCCUGCUGCACUUUUCGAAAAUUUCUCUCUUAAGCUCCCAGGAAUUGCCACUGAAUCAGAAUGCUCGUUGAUCUCAGCUCAGGAAACCUCCAGUGUAGUUGUAACCACGAGUAGUUCUACUAUAGACAAACAAUUCACAAUAGAUCUUUUUGCUGCCUGCUGCCGCUUAUUAUACACUAUAAUCAAGCAUCGUAAAAGUGAGUGCAAGCGUUCCAUUGCUCAACUACAGGCAUCAGUGUCUGUUCUUCUUCAGUCCCUUGAAAGUGUAGAUCCAGACCCAAAAUCUAUGGGUGGUUACUUUUCAUGGAAAGUAGAAGAGGGAGUAAAGUGCGCAUCUUUCCUCCGAAGGAUCUAUGAAGAGAUAAGACAACAACGGGAUAUUGUAGAGCGACACUGCGCCCUAUUUCUUUCGGAUUACAUUUGGUUUUACUCGGGACACGGCCCCUUAAAAUCUGGGAUUAGAAGGGAAAUCGACGAUGCAUUGAGGCCUGGUGUCUAUGCUCUUAUAGAUGCUUGUUCAGCUGAGGAUCUUCAAUAUCUUCACACUGUAUUUGGCGAAGGUCCGUGUAGAAACACUUUGGCAACUUUGCAGCAGGAUUACAAACAAUUUUUCCAAUAUGAAGGAAAAGUAUGAUUCUAAUAUAAUACAGAAAUAACUCUUUUAUAUCUUCAUGAGAAACGAGAGAUCUUCUCCAUAUCAUGCCACAAAAGAACCGCAAAGGGAGUGGCUGUUUGAUCGGAUUACAUUGCCUAACACAGAAUUCUGAGGUAAAGUUAAUGUACAACACACAGAAUGUCUUAACCAUGGCUGAACAUUUGUGUAAAUAAAUUUUAAAAAGGGUCAGUUUUCCUUGUCCUUUUGUCCAGUAAUGUAAUCUAUUUUAUGAUAUUUUUACAUUGUAUAUUACAUAGCAGUUUUUACUGCAAUUUUGUCUAAUUAUAAUUUAUAUACCUCUUUGAGUUUGCCAUCA